CGUAUUCAUAUGACGAAGAAUAUUUGGAGAACAACCGGAGGAUUGGUGUAGUUUUGUCUCUAAAUUGAGCCAGUUUGUCGUUUGGUUGAGUUUCCUGGUUAAAUUAACCGCUGAGGGCUGGAGGUGGAACAGCGACACCCCUUUAGUCGAUGCCUGCAUCCAUCCCCAUGAUGCCUCCGCCUCGUCUUUGAGCGCUGCGCUCCUCCACUGAAGCAGCAGCAUCCACAAACCCUUUUUUCCCCCUUAUAGCUGUAAUUAAAAGGAUUGGACAAACAUUCUGCCUUUUUUCGCCAAUAAAGUGUGCAUUUCCUGUUGGAUCUGUGGAUUCGAGCUUCAGUUCUCCUAAUGGAGAACUCUCAGGUCCAUGUGAACCAGUCACGUGCCACCGGUCAGAUCCUGAUUGCAGAGAAGAGAUCAAUGUGACUCCUGGAUAUUCCCGUUGACCACCAUGGGAUGUGGUACAUCUGUUGCCACGGAAACGCAUGUUAAAAGCCUCCAAACAGAUGAAGCAGUUAAGGCGCCGAGCCCGGCUCUGACCAUGAAGGCGGCCGUUUUGAUCCAGCGCUGGUUCCGGCGCUACAUGGCCCGCCUUGAGAUGAGACGCAGGUACACCUGGAACAUUUUCCAGUCCAUCGAAUACGCCGGCGAACAGGACCAGCUACAGCUCUCCAGUUUCUUCAGCUUCAUGCUGGACAACCUGACUCAGCUCAGUGGAAACGGGCCAGACCUGAUCUCCCAGCUUCUGGACCCAGUGGUGGACCCCUGGUUAGACAAGGACACCUGCUACAACCUGAUCCCCAUCCCAGAGUCUUACACUGGACCCCGGAUAUCGUUUCCUCUCUCUGUCUCCGACACCAACUCUCUCCUCAGUGCAUUUAAGGAGCAGCAGACUCUACAUGCCAGAUAUGUUCUCCAGCUGCUGUAUGAGACCAAAAAGCUCCUCAAACAGAUGCCAAACAUCAUCAAUUUUUCGACAUCCUACACCAAGGAGAUCACUAUAUGUGGCGAUCUGCACGGCCGACUUGAUGACUUACUACUUAUAUUUUACAAGAAUGGACUUCCUUCUGGUGAGACGCCAUACGUGUUUAAUGGAGACUUUGUUGACCGUGGUAAAAAGUCAGUCGAAGUGGUCAUCCUCCUGUUCGCGUACCUUCUGCUUUAUCCCGACAACAUGCACCUGAACCGUGGAAACCAUGAGGACCACAUCAUGAACCUCAGAUAUGGCUUCACAAAAGAAGUCAUGCAGAAGUAUAAGACUCACGGGCGUGAGAUCCUCCAGCUGUUUCAGGACGUUUUCAGCCUCCUGCCCAUUGCGACGGUCAUAGAUGGAAAAAUCCUGAUUGUGCAUGGGGGGAUUUCCGACCAGACCGACCUGGACUUCCUCAGCACCAUAGAGAGGCACAAGGUGAAAUCGGCCCUGAGGUUUCCCCGACGCAGUCUGGACCAGCUGGACAUCGGCCACUCCGGCAAACAGGCCAAAAGAAUGAGAUCCACGGACAGCUCUCGUCCGGGCAGCUGCCGCAGACACAAGAGUCAACUGACCCCCAACCAGAGAAAAAGAGGAUGCAAGCUCAGCCGACAAGACAGCGCCGCUUCCGUUUCUUCUUCAUCCUCUUCCUCCUCAUCCUCCUCUUCGCUCUGCUCUCCUCGGACUCCGUCCAGCCUCUCUCCCCGCCCGUGCCCGUCGUCUCCCUGCACGCCUUACAAUGUCCUCCGGGUGCCGUUCCUGGACUCUCUGUCGUCCGUCCCCCCGCCUGCCCCCCCGCAGCACGAGCAGGAGUGGAAACAGAUCGUAGACAUCUUGUGGAGUGACCCGAAGACCCCAGACGGCUGCAGCCCCAACACCUUCAGAGGGGGGGGCUGCUACUUCGGGCCGGACGUCACCCGCAGGCUGCUGCUCCGCCACGGGCUGCAGCUGCUCAUCCGCUCCCACGAGUGCAAGCAGGAGGGCUACGAGCUGUGUCACGGCGGACAGGUGAUCACCAUCUUUUCGGCGUCGAACUAUUACGAGGAGGGGAGCAAUCGCGGCGCCUACAUCAAACUCGGCAGAGAGCUGGUGCCGCGCUUCUACCAGUAUCAAGUCAGCCGCACCACCCGGAAACUCACCCUCACACAGAGGGUACGGGCGGCUGAAGGCUCUGCUCUCAGGGCCCUAAAGGAGAAGCUCUUUGCCCAUCGCUCUGAGCUGAUGGCGGGCUUCCAGCAGUUCGACCAGAACCACACCGGUCACGUGUCCGUAAGCGAGUGGACUCAGGUUUUGGAGUCUGUGCUCAGACUGGACCUGCCCUGGAGGACUCUCCGACCACACUUAGCCAGUCUUUCACCAGAUGGCAGUGUUGAGUAUCAGUCCUGCUUCCAGGAUAUGGGACCAGGAGCUCCUCUGCCUCAGGUCACUCCAAACUUGGCUGAAACACUGUUCAGAUAUAGGACAGACAUAGAGAUCAUUUUCAACAUUAUUGACAAAGAUCAUUCAGGCCUGAUCUCCAUCGAGGAGUUCCGUCACACCUGGCGCCUGUUCAGCGCUCACCUGGGGGUCACCAUUGAUGACAGAGCUAUCGAUGACCUGGCCCGCAGUAUUGACUUCAACAAGGACGGCAGUAUAGACUUCACAGAGUUCCUGGAGGCUUUUAGAGUGGUGCACAAACUGGACAUCAAGGAUCAGCAACUCGGUGAAAAGACGUAUAGUGAAAAGUAUUCAUGAGCCCAAAAGAAGCCCUGAAUUUUUAAAUGAAGAAUGGCAGCCAUGCUGGAAUAAGACGAGACGCUUCAAUGUUUCUGACAUGGAAAAAAAUCUAGGAUAAGUCCACUGUGAAACUACAAAAUGAGAAAUUGAUUUAAACUGUGUAUUUAAGAUAAUAUGUAGCUGGAUAACGGCAGUUGUUGGUGUUACCUGUCAGAUGAAUUUCUUAAGACAGUAAUGUACAUCUGGAUGGAUGUAGUUCACAAUAGGGCACACUUCUUUAUAAUAAAGAGUCAAAUAUUAAAGGUUUUCACUAGUAAAUGGAAAUUGUCAGCAACAAAAAAACAAAAUAUUUUCAUUUAAAAACCAAUUAUGGCUACAACAAAAAGUAUGAAAUGAAAAGAAUAGCAUGAAUACUUGAUAUCUCCAUAAAAGCAGGGUUAUGAUAAGCUGAAGCAAGUCUUAAUAGUUCAAAUGCUUCGGAUUAAAAGUAUUCACUCUGGUUCAUUUGUAAGCCUUGUCAAGUUUUUCUGACUUUCAGCCUAUUUUCUUUUGUUUUGUUUUUAUUGUUGGAAGGUUAAUUGAUUUAUGCUUUAGCAUUAAUGAUCCUGUGUGCUACAUUAUACCCUAAAAUAUUCUGCAACCCUUCAAUAUGUCAAUGAAAAGGUAAAAUUACAGUUUUGCUGACAAAAUGUACUGGAUCUGUCAUGCUCAAAUGUAUCAUUUUUUUUACAAUAGUUGCUCCAAUGUAUUUAAAAAGGACAAAAUGUGAA